AUGGACAAAUCAUGGGCAGUUGGCUCGAAUGAGUCGCCAAUAACUCGGGGGAGAAGGAAAGCCGCAGAGGAGGCAAAAAAUAAAGCGGAAAAUGCUAAAAUGAAUCUUGGACGCACAGAAGCCGUUGGCUCAGACGAACGCUUCACCCAAUGCUCCAAGGAGCUCGAAAAGCUACUCCAAGAGGAUCGUCUCUCCGGCGCACCGCUUCUCUUGCUUGCAAACAAGUGUGAUCUUCCAGCACCUUACCCUGCGUAUGAUCUCUCACAUGUUCUUGAUAUUCCGAGGAUCCGGGAAGAGAGAUCUUGUCAGAUUUUUAACUGCAGUGCGAUCUCCGGCGAACUUCUGGUGCAAGCGAUGACAUGGCUGUGUGAUGAAAUUAUGUGA